AUGCAAAUCUUCUUGAAGGAAGAAUUACAGCCAAUGGAACUUUCUGUUGCAUCUUCUUCUCAUCAACAACAAACCAAUUUGAAUUCUUUGUUGGCAACCACCAAAGAAGAGGCAAAGCUUGGCUUGAAACAAGUGUUGCAAGUUGCAAUCACUUCACCGAAAAGACAUGAAAAGUCUUUUCUUGAUGUGCAUCCUGUUGUUGUUGUUGAUGAAGAAAAGAAUCAAAAGAUGUUCUCAUCAUCAUUGCCAUGUAAAUAUCAGAUAUUCACAAAGGUUGAAAAAGAGAACAACAACAGCAUGACCUGUAUCCAUACCACCACCACCACCACAACCUCAACAACAACCACCACAACCACACUGGAUGGUAACAUACCAUGUCAAAUCAUUUUAAUGGACUUUGAUGGAUGUUUGGAAACGGAAUGUGGCAACAAAGGUCUUAUUGGAAGAUUAUUUUCAAAAUUGAAAGAACAAAUGGUGGUGAACUGUAAAAAGAGGAAUCGAAGUUUUGAAAUGAGAUUUGAUUUUAUCGAUUCGAUUGGAGAGCAUGGUGUCUAUGGAAAAUCGAACAAUCAAUUACAUUUACCUCAUGAUGUGAAAAUAUCGUACCAUCACCAUUGUAUUCUUGUCAGUGAUUACAACAAUAGAAGAAUUCAAAUUUUCGAUUUAUAUAAUAGACAAUUUAAGGCAACAAUUCCAACCCCAUCCAAACACCCAAUGUAUUUAUGCAUUGAAGAAAACCAUGAUGGACACAAUAAUGACGCUCUUCUGUUUGGAAGUAACGGAGACAGUGGAGUUUACAAAUUCCAUUUAAGGCAAUUGCUAUGUAAAGCCUUUUUAGGUCAGCUCGAUCGAACAGAAAUGAAAAAGGAAUACAUUUGGAAAACUGAUUUUGACACUCCACAAGCAAUUGCAGUGAAGUAUGGAACUCAAUAUUACAGGAAUGAAAUUUUUGUUUGUAAUGGAACGAAUAUUACCAUUUUAAAUUCCAUUUUUGGCUAUGCAAUAGAUAGUAUACAUCUCGAGAAUAGAGUUUAUGGACUCAGUUUCACAAAUGAGAAUGAUUUAAUUGUGAGUGAAGCCUUACUCGCUCAUCGAAUUGGAAUUAUGAGAAAAGAUCAAGAUGGUCGAUGGCAGCUCAUGAAAACCAUUGGUGACACCUCCGGAGAAGAGUUGGGUACUUUUAAUUGUCCCUACUCUUUGGAGUUUGAUCGAAUUUCUGGAAAUAUCAUUGUGUGUGAUGCUCAAAAUCAUAGGAUACAAAUUUUUUCUCAGAAUGGAGAAUUUUUGAAAUGUUUGUCAGGAUUCAUGCAUGACGGUGAUUGUCAGCAAUUUUAUCAUCCAUCUGGAAUGUGCCUGAAUGAAAUGACUGGUGAGUUGCUUGUUUGUGACGAAGGUAAUCACCGAGUUCUCAUUUUCAAAUGA